UAGCGCCGGCCUUGACAGAGAAGGGGCGGGGUUGGGGGCUGAAGGCGCGCGCAGCGGCGUCUGCAGGGAGCGGUGCUCCUUGUCCUGCGGGGCUGCCAGCAAAAUGAGCGGCCAGGACGGGUGCAGCGAACUUCCUCUCUCCGCGGCCUUGGCUCCCGAGCACGCCCCCGAAGAUCUGGCUGUGCACCGGCGCCGGGGGCUCGGCGAGGAGGCGGAGGCCGCGCCGGAGGCCGCAGGUGAGGGCUGUGCGCAGGCCGCCGCGCAGGGAGGCGCGCCCCCGGAGGCGGCGGGCCGGACUGGGGCUGAGGAUGCUCUGCGUCCUGCUGAGGGACCGGAGCAGAGCGGGGCCUCUGUGGCGCAGGACGACGGCCGGAAAAAUGGCUGUCCGCUCGGAGAGCCGCGCAGUCCCGCAGGAGCGACAGCGCCGGAAGCCGGUGGCGCGGGGACUGCAGGGUCGCCGGCGAUGCCAGGGGCGAAGGCCAAGGAAAUGACCACUGGGAAGUGCGCCACCUCAGCGUCUGUGGAGGAGGGAAAAGCAGAGCAGGUGGCAGAGGAAAGGAAGGUCAUCCAGAAGGAGAAAAGGAUGCUUGGAGGAGGAAAAGAGGAGGCCAGGCCCAAGACCCCGAAGAUCAGUGCCUGCAUGGACUCACUGGAGGCCAUCGAUCAGGAGCUGUCGAACGUAAAUGCCCAGGCUGACAGGGCCUUUCUCCAGCUUGAGCGCAAAUUUGGCCGAAUGCGGAGGCUCCACAUGCAGCGCAGGAGCUUCAUUAUCCAGAAUAUCCCGGGUUUCUGGGUGACAGCCUUUCGGAACCACCCCCAGCUGUCUCCCAUGAUCAGUGGCCAAGACGAAGAUAUGAUGAGGUACAUGAUCAAUUUGGAGGUGGAGGAGCUGAAGCAUCCUAGAGCAGGCUGCAAAUUCAAGUUCAUCUUUCAGGGCAACCCGUACUUCCGAAAUGAAGGGCUGGUCAAGGAGUAUGAGCGCAGAUCCUCCGGUCGCGUGAUGUCUCUCUCGACGCCAAUCCGCUGGCACCGGGGCCAAGAUCCCCAGGCCCAUAUCCACCGGAACCGGGCAGGGAACACAAUCCCCAGUUUCUUCACCUGGUUCUCAGACCACUGCCUCUUAGAAUUCGACAGGAUUGCUGAGAUUAUCAAAGGGGAGCUGUGGUCCAAUCCCCUGCAAUACUACCUGACGGGUGAAGGCCCCCGCAGAGGAUUUCGAGGGGCACCAAGGCAGCCUUCGGAGAGCCCAAGGUCCUUCAGAUUCCAGUCCGGCUGACUGCUGCCCUAUGAGAAGCUCCUGACAGAUUUUCUUACCAACCUCCAUGCUUGGCCAGCAGCAUGCAGUCUUGUCUGUUUGUCCUGGAUAAUUUUGAUCUUCGGUUCUUCUAAAUCUUCAACAGUGGCGGUGUGCCUUACCUGCCUCUGGACUUUCCCACUGUUCUGCAUUGCAGUAACAUUUUUCAGGUGCAUGCCCUGCGACAGUUUCUGUGCCAAGCUCAGGAGACUGACUGCCUUCCUUUGUGGGGCUUGGGUCCUGUGUGUGACCAGGGUCUUCUCUGGCUGAAGUGGUUCUCUACCACAAGAAAGUUCAAUACAUCUUUGCAAAUAACUAGGCGGGCUUCCUGUUAUAGGCCAGCUGUGCUCCUGAUAAUCAUCUACUGUUAGUUUCAAGAUGAAACUGGUAUCCCAACCCAGCUGUCAUCAACCCAAACUGAACAUUCCAGCUACCACUCUCUGAAGCCCAGCUGCCCGCCUAGGCCUUUGCUGUCCACCCUACUGGUUAUCUGGUAGAACAAACAGGGCUUUAUGGACCAAGAUGGGAAUACUUACGACAGAAUCUAACUGGUCUGGAGGGAAAGCCAGGCAUUUCGAGCAGGUGUGCAGGACUUCUGCAUGGACUGAAUGGUUGGUACGUGAGACAGUCUUAACAGCCCGAGUUAAUGACUAGUUGGUAGAUUACCUUCCCUCCACACCUUUAUAAAGUAGAGGCUGAGUACAGCAAAAUUAUCAUUAGUAGUAACUGAAGUUGUGGUGUUUGUUACCUUGUUUUUUCUAGAUAUAUUUCAUUCUUAAUAUUUUGGGUAAUUCUUUUUAAAGCACCUUAGUACUUCAGGAAAGUUUUUUUUUUUUGUCUUUUUCCUUUUUAUCGGUACCAGGGAUCGAACUCACGACUGCCUGCUUGCAAAGCAGGCGCUUAUGCUGCUGAGCUAAGUCUCCAGCCCCAAGGAAAGUAUUUUAACUAGCACUUUCAGAAUCUAGUGAUUAAUUCUUCCAAAAGUCUUAUUUUAGGCUCCUUUAGAGAACUAGAUCAAGAGCAGCUUAGUUAACAUAAAUGUAGUAAACAAAGAUGGCGUUUAGUGAAUUUAGAGAAUACUUUUCCUUGAAACACUAUUUUAAGUGAUAAAAAUACAGGUGUUUCCCUCAUUGCCAAAACUGCGUUGGUUGUGUUGGGAAAUUAACUACAUACAACUAUUAAAGAAUAAGUUGCUUUUCUUUUUUAAUAUUCUAAUUUUUCUGGUGCCACUUUAUAAAUUUGUAAACAAUGAGAUAAACACUUCACAGUCGAUUUAACAAAAGAAAUUCAUGUGAGAGCAGUGACAUGCUAGAAAGGUAGAAGGAACCAAACCCUACCCUCUUUUUACAAAACGGAAAAAGCUGAUGUCAAACUAGGUGGUGCCGUUCAGGCUUUUUAGGUAGGACAGGUACAAGCAGGAUUAGAACUCCGGGCAUGACAGAAUUUUUUGGCUUCUCUGGCCAAACAUACAAUGUUUUCUUUUGGGGCUGUCAUUCUGCUUCCUAACAGCAGUUUAAAACAAGGGUUUCUGUUUUUGCCAUUUAUAGAAUGAACAUGAAUAAGGAAAAAUAACUUUUAUUUUUUAAAGAAAUCAAAUUUCUUUUUAUACAUGAGAUCUUACACUGAGCACUAAACUACUAUAUGCUGACCUUAAUAUUCCAGUGACAUUUCAGAUGCCAGUUUCAAAUGCAGUUAUUGGUAGAUUUCAGACAAAGCUACUGACUUUGAGGGGAAAAAAAAGCAAUAACCUAGUAUUUACCCUGAGAUAACUGAUAUCUGAAGUAUAUGUAGGAUAUAUGGGAAUAUUUACAAAUCAUAACAAAAUAGUUACUUUUCAUUGUGCGUUUCAUCUGCUCAAUUCUCUGCUACAGUCCAAGUAAAGUAAUGUUAAGCAGUGUUUUUUCUGUCCAUUAUGGAUAGUGAAGUUACAGUAUCCCUGCGUUAUCUGGCUCCAAACAUCUUUUCACAAGUGGCUACUACUGAGGAAACUAAAGACAGAACACAGAACACUCCAGCCUUGGAUGCAGCAGACCUGAAAAGAGCAGUCUUCCUCAAAAAAAAAAAAAAAAAAAAAAAAAAAAAAAAAAAAUCUCAUCAUCUUCUUACCCAAAGACAAAAAUCAAAUUUAACUCAAUUUAAUUAACUAUAAAUUUCUCUUUAAUGAGCAAAAGCCUAAGUCCCUUUUUUGUUAGGGCUAACCACUGGAAGGCUACCAUCCUUUUUUUGAAAAUGCAUGCUUUAAAGUUACUGAAAAUAAAUAAGCAGUUACUUAUAAAAUAAAAUUAACAUUAUUAGGGGAAGAAAAACCUAGUGGGGAACAGCAGAGACUGAGAGAGUUUCAGUACUGUCCCAUGUCUGUUGAUCUCACUUUAGAAAAGAGAGGAACAGCAUGAAAUAGCUUCAAAAAAAUCAUAUAAGCCCCAGACUGUUGGGAUGCCUCCCAGGGUUUCUGAUCCAGGAGGUGUUUGGAAGGCCUUCAAAUCUGCAUAAUCAGGCUCCAGGUGAUGCUGAGCUGCUGGUCUAGUGUACCACUUUGAGAACCACUGGGCUAAGCACGUGUGCGUGUGUGGGCUGGGAGCCACCUGUGAGACCUCCUGUGCCACCACCUCCUCAGGGAUAGUCUGAUCUCAAAACUGUUGGUAUGGAAAAUAUCAAUGUUCCUUGUACUUCUAUGAUACUUAGAUUUUAACAUAGUAAGAGUUGUUAAGCAUCAAAUAGUUUAUAUAAAAUAGACUUAUGCACAAAUAUCAAUUACUUGGUCGUUUUCACAAAAACUUGUUCCUACAAAGCAUUUUACAAUAUUUUUGAAAAUUAACAUCUGUAAUAGUACAUUUGGUACAUAUAUGGUUUUUCACUCUGAUUCCUUUUAUUGUCGGUGUCUCGUCAUUUGAUAAGACCAUUGGUGUAAUGGACUAAUGGGUAGUAGCCAGCUGUUUUUGAACUGUUUGAAGAGAAUCUUGUAAACUUGUAGUCCAGGGGUAAUUCUGGGGAGAGAAAAAAACGUCCACAAUAUGAUUAUUCUGAAGGUUCCCAAACACAUUUCAUAUCAAAGGUGAAGCUCACAUACUUUAGAAUUUCUGAGUUUAACAUAUCUCUUGCCUUCCCCUCUAGGUGGGGCCUAGCAUGAAGAGUCUAGACGCCCCUCCCUAGAAAGUUUACAAUAAUAUUUAAAUCAAAUCACAGAGCUGAGUGAUUGAGUGAGUGAGCUUAGUACUCUACACAAAUCAACACCUAAAGUAGGAAUGUUCAUCUGAAGUAGAAACUUAAAAAAUCUCUUAGUUCCUACUCGGGCUCAAGUAACUACUGAAUCCAAGUGCGUACUCUUCAUAGCUUUAAGCACAGCCCAGGGUUACUAAUGACCUUUGAAUAGUUAGCAAAAUAACAUGCAUGAAACAGUGCUUCUAUAAAAUAAGCAUCACACACAGGCACCCAGGCAGAAGUAGGGCCAGGAGGGGACUCGGAAGAAAGACGUACACUGUAUGGUUCACUGAUGGUGGGACACUAUGAUACCCACAUAACGGGCUUCAAGAUCUUCGCCUUACCUGAAUUUCUCCAGGGAAACAUAACUGUAAGUAUUCUAUGUGGAGCCUAAUGAUUUAUGCCAUGUUGUUCAUUUCACAUGCAGGUAAUAAGGCAAUAAUCUUUAUGUCACCAAUUUUCCAAGUAAAAUAUCACUUACUAGUAGUGGACAUUUUGAAAAUGAUACUGGCAUAAACUGUACUUGAUAACAGAUGCCACUGAGAAUCAUCAAGACUUAAGCACUAAUCUUAAUGCCAGAGAAAGCUGGGAUUACUGUGACUGCGGAGGCCAGGACUUGCGCAAGGCCAUGGGCCUCACUUUCCUACUGACCGGAGUACAUUUGGAGCCCCACACUGAAAAAGGAAUUGGGAAGUAAACUGGUAACAGUAGUUUCUAGAGAACACGUAUCUGAGGUCUUGGAUUUGAUAAACCAUCAAAAUGCCUAAGAACACCUGGAGCCAAUCACUCUCCACCCCAUUCUUUUAAUGUCCUAAAGGAAAUGCUCACACCUAUGUUAAAAAGAUGACCUUAUGAGAAUGUUUAAGACCAAACACCAUUGUUAUAUAGAUAUGGUUAAACACAGCUUUUAUGGCAGCUCCUUACCCCACAGUGUCAAGCAGUCAGAGAGGUGACUGGAUCACACUCCCAAGUGAAUCAACCCAUCUAGGAGUUCACUGUUGAAAGUGCAUUAGAGGUGGGCCGGGCCAGAACGGUGGGUGCCUGGGGGCAUGGGUAUUCCCACUGCUCCUCCCUCACCCCUGGCUUCUGGCUGCCAUGGGCAGGGCCGACUUCCUCCACCAUGCUUCCUGCUUUGGACACUUUCCUGGACUAAACCUACUGAAUGGCCAUGAAACAAGGAAAGCUCUUAAAUUGUGCAUGUGGGGUACUGCCCCAGCGACUGGAAAGUGAUUAAUAAAAGCUGUAAAAGUG